AUGAACAACCAGGUACUCCUCAACUUCCUGCUCUGCGGCGGGCUGCUGGUCAUCAAGAUGUACGUGGUGGCCAUCAUCACCGGCCAAGUGAGGCUGCAGAAGAGGGUACGUGCGGCUCUCGGGGACCCCCAGUCCAUCGUGUGUACACUCACGUCUCCGGCCGCCAUCGGGAAGGCUGGCUUCGGGGACCAGAAGUCUUCCCGGCCCUGGAGCAUGUGGAAGCGGGUUGGGAAGGACUUUCCCCUCCCAGCCCUGUGGGAUGGCUCCUCUGUGGCCCGCACGUCCUUGUCCCGUGGUUGUUUUUGUUUUAACCCGAAUUUGCAUGUUCUCCUUGCGCAGGGGCCCUGCUCUGAGCCACCAGGGAAGUCCAAGCGUUAG